ACCACCUAAGAGAUAGCAUGUCAACAACUGAGGUUAUCCGUCAUCUGGCUAAUAACGGGACAACGGACAUAGCUAGUGACGUCAUCAGCACGGAAACUACCGAAGUAUGGCGAACGUUGAUGGCCGUUUAUUUGGGCGCCAUUUUGUUCCUGUCCUUGACCUUCAACGGAACAUUGUGUCUGCUUUUCUACAAGAAAACACACCUACUGAGCGUUUCUAACUGCUUUGUGUUGAAUCUCAUCGUCUGUCAAUUGUGCAUGUCCACCUUUCUUCUCCCGUUCAGUUUGUUUGCCGUUGUCUCCCAGCAUCUCGAAUACUCAGGCACGUGGUGUCAAGUACAGGGGUUCCUUUUCACCGUCCUCGUUGUCACCCAACAGCUUGCUCUUCUUACCAUCUCAUUGGAUCGGAACUACGCCAUAAUGAACUCUCUUCGCUACCCGAAUGUGUUUACUCAGUCACUUUGCCUUGGACUUGUGUUUCUCUCGUGGCUGUUUGGCAUCGUUAUAAGUAUCCCGCCUGUAUUAGACUCAGGGCUUGGACAGUACAAGUUUCAUAAAAACCACUUCAUAUGUUCCCUUGAUUGGUCCUACAAUACCAACUAUCUAGUUGUGUUCAGUGUUUUAUCGUUCGGACUCCCUAUAUUUGCUCAGUCUAUAUGCUAUGUAAGAAUAUUCUUAGCCGCAGUUGGUCACAACAAGAGAAGUGCUAAGGUGACUCCGUGGGUUAGUCAAACGAACACAAGAACAAAUAUUGAGAGUGAGCAAUCCUCUAGCAGUACUGAAUACUCGGAGGCCGCCAAUGGAUCUAUGGAGUGCAAGGCGGUCCGAACAAUUCUAAUAAUCGGUGCGGCAUUCCUCAUUUGCUGGGUCCCGUAUUUCGUGGAAUGUUUUGAAACAAUGAACGGCGCUAUAACAGAUUCAAACUUCAGCGCUGCUGCAAUUUGCUUUCUAUUUUCCAGUGGUAUUCUUAAUCCUUUGAUAUACGCCUAUAUGAAUAGAAUCACGCGGCGUGAGAUUGGACGCUUUGUUUGCGGUAGUUCAUCUCAGCGUGAUUCGGAUGACUUUGUGUCAACCAGUAUGAGCACACAUACCUCAGUUUGGGACAUACAGAACCGGAACCGGCCAAGAAGCCUAGCCGCCACAAACGAUAUGGCUACUAUACACGAACAUCCCGAGGAGAGUGUUGUUCAGUUGGACGAUAAAAAUCCAAGUGUUCAAAUUCCAACACCUGUAAAGGAGACGAGGUCUCCCGGUGGAAAAAGCGUGAAACAAUGUGAAAAGAUAUUUGUUAAAACUGAAAGUGCUAGGACACUCAACAGUACAGAAAUAAUCGUUGAGCCAAUGCAAGAGGGAUGCGAUGUGGUGAAACAAAAAUCAGUAGAACAAAACACUAGUAACACCGUCGAAAACGCCAAGAAAAUCUCAGAUAAAAUUCAAGACAACUCUCAUUGGAGUGUUAUCAAAUCUGAGAAAUUCAAAGAAGAACGGAGAAGAUCAUCUUAUUCAAAGGAACAGGCGGAUGGGUAUUUCUCUAAAGGAAAACGCAGACGGAAGCGAGAUUGUGGGUCCUUUCUUUACUUCGAACAUGAGGCCGAAAUAAGGUCACGAAAAACAAGACCAGAUCGUAUUUCCGUUGAUCAUGUCCAAAGUAUAUCAGUUGGCAAGUUUCCUAAUUUGGUUAAACUGAAAUUGUCAGUCCGAGAAGAAAAUCUUGAGAAGAUCAACAGACUAUUUGUAAAGUCAAACUUUGAAUACCAAAACAAAUCUAUGGAGGAUAAUGAUGAAGAUGACAACGAAAUUAAUAUCAAACAACAGUUUACAAAUGAAACACAAGAAGAAAAUAAAUCACCAACAACAACCGUCAUCACAACCAAAUCUUGGCCUCAAAGCAAAAAAAAUAGUAAAAAGCUUCCAAAGAAGCAUGCUGAAAUAUGCAGAGUAGAAUCCUUCCCCCUCGGUUCAUCCUCAGACAGAAGACCUUGCGUCCGAGAACGGUAUAACUCUGCACCCGGUACUUUACCAAUCUAG